UGUAAACAAUCUAACCUUUUCAACGAUGAGUGUGCUAAGUGAUUUUUAAACUAAUUAAUUUAGGUAAAAUAUAACAAAAUAAAAGUGAAAUGUGAACUUAUUUUAAUGUUUAGAGUGUAUAUUUAAAUAUACAGAGUGAAAAACGUGAACAAAUUUAGUGAAACAUACCAUGUGUUAUUAGUGCAAAUUUUUGAACUUUUAAUCGUGAAUAUUUCAAAAAAUAAAAUUUAUUUUAUAUUAUUUUUGGAUAUUUCUUCUCUGGAGAAGCUCCCCUAUCCGCACAUACCCCAUUUAUACGGAAAUUCGGUUUUUUUACCCCUCCGCCAAAGUAAUCGUAAUCGUGCCCAAAUUACGAUAUGAUUUUGAGUUUUAGAAUGUGCGUCUACUGCAGCACUGAAAAGUACUGUGGAAAAUAGCGCUUCGAUAAGCCUGUUUAUAUCAACUGGGUAGACGACAUGUAUUCGGACAAACUAUGAGUUCAGAAUUCAACCAGGACAUCACCAAAUUGCACUUAUUUAAAAAGGAAUUUAUAAAUUUAAUUAAAGGAAUAUGUCCUCAGUAUCGCAAAACUUAAUACCUGUGGAAAAAAAGGAGCAGAUUUCUUUAUCCCAAAAGUUAACAAUUCAUGAACAGCAUCAUCAACUGUAUGCUUUGAAAUGGAGUGAAUUUCAGUCAUCUAUAGUUAACUGUUUUCAACGAUUGCGAGAUGAAGAAGACUUUGUGGAUGUAACUAUAUCUUGUGACCAGCGAUCAUUUGCUGCUCAUAGAGUUGUUCUCAGUGCCUGCAGUCCUUACUUUCGUAAAUUGUUGAAAUCAAAUCCCUGCAAACACCCCAUUAUAAUAUUACGAGAUGUGUACUCAGAACACAUGGAAUGUCUUCUAAGUUUCAUGUACAAUGGAGAAGUAAAUAUAAGACAAGAUCAAUUACAAGAUUUCUUAAAAGCUGCACAUAUGCUUCAGAUACGUGGCUUGACAGAUGUUUCUGAUAACUACUGCCCUCCAGAAUUUAAUUUAUCGGAAAAAAAAACACUGGAUAAUUCCAUCAUCAGCAGUAAAGCAUACAAAAAGGAUUCUGAUAAAGAUGACUGUAAUGCAGAAUAUAUAGAAAAGUCUAGUAAUUCUUCAAAAUACAAACUGUUUUCUGAUCGUCCAAUUACAUCCGCAUUGAUGACCAGCUUUAAUAACAACUCUAUUAACCCAUAUCUUAUAAAGGAAACACAAUCGGCAGCAUCUUCUCUCCAAAGGGAAAAUACCGAUCCAUAUCGUAAUCGAAAAACCCUUCUAACACCACCACCCCAAAAACGUAUUAAAAGUGCGGACCUAUUUCGUGCGCAACACGGCAUUAAUUCCGAACGAGCUCUUUCAGAAGCAGAAUUUCCAGCGAUUUUACAGCAUCAAAUAUCUCGGGAACGAAGACAUUUGUUUAAUGAUUGCGACAGAGCUAUAGAAGCCAAUGAAACUACUAUAGGAUCAUCAAUAGAAGAAAAAACAGCUUUCAAUUUUCAGCGCACAGAUAAACAAUCUACACAGGAAGAAAGUGCCGAUGACGACUCUAACUGUAGCAGCGAGUACCCUCUUGAUCGUGUAGGUACACAACAGGAAACGAACGACUCAGUGGAUAAUCUACGACCUGCCAUGCCGAACACGUUUUCAGGAAUUCCAAAAUCUCUGGAACAACAAGGCCAUUUAAAUAAGAAUGAAUUUGAACAUCCCGGUGAAAUAUCCAGCAACUUAAGAGAAAAGGGUUUCUCUACAUUUUUAUGCAACCGCUUUUGGAAUACAAAUUUUGAGGAUAAAAAGGAAAUCGGAUAUAAGAAUAGAUUUGAUAUGAGUAAAAAAUUGCCUAUAGAUAAUUUUGUAGCCAAAUCUGCAGCUUUGUCGCUAAUGGUGAAAACUGCAUGUAUAAAUAAACAACCCACAUAUUUUCAAGAGAUGGUUAGUAAACAUGAUAUGCAAUCAAAUAACACACGAAUUCAACAACAAAAACAACAGGAGUUUGAAAUUCUACAACAGUUUGAAAUACAACAGCCCUUAUAUGACUAUCUAUACGAACUGCAGAAAUCAACGAAUAAUCAACAAAAAACUUGUGAUACUCACUUCAUGGAAAGAACUCCUCAUAUUAGUGAAAAUACAAGUUUACGGGACGUAACGGUGACUGCACAUACAAGUAGCGCUCACAUAUUGCCCUGUCCUCUCUGCGCAAUUCCGCUAGAGCAAAGAUAUUUUCGGCAACAUUUAGAUGGACACUAUCCACGAGAUAGUUCAAUUUGUCCAGUAAUCGAAUGCGGCCGCCGGUUUGCCCAUCCAAAUUCCGUUAGGAAUCAUAUGCGUAUUAAGCACACCCAUCAGUGGGCUAAAAUGAAAGUAAUGCGCUCUUCUGCUGGACAUAUGCCUAGUGAACUGGAUCUAAAUAAGAAAAGCAUGGGAAUAUCACAGGAACAUACAACAGCAGCUACUUUACAUGCAGCAAAAAUUGUGCAGUUAAAUGCCCUCGGACAUAAAUUCGACAGUUUAUCACCCGCAUUGACGCAAUCCCAUUGUGAUCUACCGAAAGAGUCCAUUGCAAAUGACUCAUUUGACAGCAAAAGAAGUGAAACAGCAAUUUUUUCUACCGAACCUAUUUUAAGGCAACAUCUUGCAAGUGAUACUUCUCUUAACGAUAACGUCACAACGUUUUCAAGCUUAGUGACAAAGGAAUCUCAUUCUUCCGAUUUCGCUAAAAAUCUAAAUGAAAACCAACCAACGGAAGAUGCUCAUAACUUAAAAGAAAAGAAAUAUUAUGAUGCGGAUAAUAAUGAACACGAAGCAAGAAACAAUUUUAAUGAAAAGGAAUUACUAUAACAAAACAAAACGAAAAAAAAACAACUAAUAUAAAGACGUACAAAAAGUGCAUUAUAGCCUUAAAGAUGUACAUCUUUAAAUAAAAUGCAUAUUUCAACGUAUUCUUUCAUUAUUGAGCUAAAUUAUUAUAUACAAGUAUAUCUACAUUAUGUUUAGCUACCUUUUAAUGUCAAACACUACAAAUAAAUUAAGGGUGAAAUAGAAUUCUU